AUGAGAAAAAUUGUAGAAUUGAGAUCAUUGAGAGAAGAAGUAUGGAAUGAAAGUAAAAGUGAUGAAGAAUAUGAAGAAGACAUUUCUGGAUCGAUUGCUUUUGAAGAAAUGAUUGUUAAUACAGUCAUUAUUGAAAAUCAAGAAAAUGGCGAUUUUGAUUUUGAUUUCGAUCUUAGAGAGGAUAUUGACAAGUAUGACAAGGAUACUCAACUUGUCAAAAUUGUUGGCAUUCCUAUUGGAUAUACCUUAAAACAUUUAACCAUUCGAUGCUCUUGCUCUUUUGAACAGCUUUUAUGGAUUUUAACAAAAUGCAAAUCAUUGGAAAGUUUGAAUUUGAGCUUUUACUAUUUGGAUUCAAAAAUGUGUAAUGAUCACAAGUUAUGUUUAAUUGAUGAUUCCAUGAAUGGAGAGGAAAAGAGUGAAGACAAGAACGUUCAAGAAACCAAACAGCCAAUUGAAUUUGAAGAAUACCAAGAUCAUUGUUUUUUCGUUCCCAUCAUGGAAUCGAUGAAAUCAUUGAGUGUCUUGGGAGCAUUUGAAGACAACACGAAAGAGCGAUUUGUUUUGGAUGUGAUCAAAUGUUGUCCUAAUUUGCAAGAGUUGGAAUAUGGUUUUCCAGGCUUACUGGACGACAAAUUUUUAACGUGCCUCUCCAAGAUGUGUUCCAAAUUGAAAGCUGUCAAAUUGAAAUCCUAUUCAGGAGCUACUCCAUUGGAAUGUGUCGUUUCUGAUGAAACAGUCUAUCAAUUUUUAAAAUCACAACCCUUUUUGGAGCAUUUAUGUAUUCAUCCAUGUUCGAAUAUUUCAGGAGAAAUAUUUAAGAAAAUUGGAGAGUUCCAGCAACUGAAAGAAUUACAUUUACUACGACGUACUUCGACUCAUCCUCUUGUUGCGGAAGCAAGGGGAAUUUAUUUUGGAGGUGGAAUUCUUCACAAUUUGACAGUGUUGGAUAUUGGAGAUUUUGAAUUUGAGGAUUAUUCUGAGGAAGAAAAACUGAAAUUGAAACAAAGCUUGGAACAAGUAGCUCCUAAUCUUAAGAAAAAGUGGGGAUUCUCGCUUUUAUUUGAACAUGAUGAUACAUGCAGUAGUGAGAAUAGCAAUGGUAACCUUGAGUGGUGA